UACACGAAUGAGGCUCCUCCCCCUCAGUGCCGACGUGGUGUGUGCAGCGGUUGUGUACAGCGUCACCCAAGCCAGCCAGAGGAGGAGGCAGAGCAGCCGGUGCCCCAGCAGCAGCCGCCAGCGUCCCCCGGUGUGUGAGAGCGCCGUCCGUCAUCAUCAUCAUGGGCAUCCGCAAGAAGAGCAGCAAGACCCCGCCGGUGCUCAGCCACGAGUUCAUCAUUCAGAACCAUGCGGACAUCGUCUCCUGCCUGGCCAUGCUCUUCCUGCUCGGGCUGAUGUUCGAGAUUACAGCAAAAGUGGCGGUCAUGUUUGUCACACUACAGUACAACGUCACCAUUCCGGUGGAAGCAGGUGUCCUCACUGAGUCAGUCACAUUGUACCAGUAUGGCGUCAAAGAUGUGGCCACCGUUUUCUUCUAUAUGCUUGUGGCAAUCAUUUUACAUGCUGUUAUACAAGAAUACGUGUUAGAUAAAAUUAACAGACGUAUGCACUUCUCCAAGACAAAACACAGCAAGUUCAACGAGUCCGGACAACUAAGCGCUUUUUACUUUUUCUCUUGUGUUUGGGGGACAAGCAUCAUAGUCUCGGAGAAUUACCUUUCAGAUCCUACCAGUUUAUGGAAAGGAUACCCCCACGUAUACUUCCCAUUCCAGAUGAAGUUUUUCUACGUUUCCCAAUUGGCGUACUGGCUUCAUUCCUUUCCUGAGCUUUAUUUCCAGAAAACUAAAAAGGAAGAUAUUCCCCGUCAGCUGGUUUAUAUUGGACUUUACCUCUUUCAUAUUAUAGGCGCAUACAUAUUAAACCUCAAUCAUCUUGGCCUUGUACUUCUGGUUCUUCAUUACUUCGUUGAGUUCCUUUUCCACAUGUCUCGUCUUUUUUACUUCAGUAAUGAAAAGUAUCAGAAAGGGUUUACCUUAUGGGCUAUUCUGUUUGUGCUGGGCCGUCUCCUGACACUCAUACUGUCUGUCCUUACUGUUGGAUUUGGACUCUCUCGAGCAGAGAAUCAGGAAUUGGACAUUAGUUCUGGAAACUUCAACAUCCUAGCAAUCCGAAUCAGUGUGUUGGCAUCUAUUUGCAUAACUCAGGCAUUUAUGAUGUGGAAGUUCAUUAAUUUCCAGCUGAGACGAUGGAGGGAGCAUUCAUCUCCACAGCCCUCUCAGAAGAGAAGACCUGUCGCUAAAGGCAAGAGCUCACGGAAGGAAAAAGAAAAUGGAGUUAAUGGAACAGUUACUUCUAACGGAGCAGAUUCUCCUCGCAGCCGUAAAGAAAAAUCCUCUUAGGCAAAACAAAAACAUUUAAAGAAAAUAAUUUGCAAUUGGCGUACGUUGCUCCCAAAGAGAAGUUGCCUUGUGCUGUUCAGAGCCCCACAGCACUAGAAUUCUUACAGUUACAGCAAAUAAUGCAAUGUGUUUGUAAGCGACCGUAUGUCGUCAUCUUCAGACUGUACAGGGUGUUUUUUUUUUUUUUUUUUUCAUAACUUUUUAGCAUUUAUUUUAAUGCUAUAACUGUCACAAUCAAACCUAGACCUUAAAUUACAAAAGUGAAUAAAAAGAGGGGGGCAAGAUUAAAAGUUAAUACACAAAAAUUGGCUUAGCCUUGCGCUGGUCAGGGAAAUAAAUUCCCACCUUUACUGUCAAAGGAGCCAAAUCCUUUCCGCAAAUGAGUCCAAGCCAAUUGUAUCAUUAUAUUCACCCAACUGAGUGGUGAAGGCAAAAUAAGUGCAAAACUGGAGCCAUUUUAAAAUAUUUUUCAAAACGGCAAACUGUUGGUACUUCUCUGUAUCCCGUUGUACAGUUCCAGCAUCCUACUCUUUUGAUAUGCCAACGGAAACGUUUAAAAGGUGUAAAUGCUGUGAUAAAUGUAUUUUCACUUCAGUUUUUUUUAUAAGCCAACUGUUUUUCUUAUUUGAUUAAAAAUAAUAAAACAAAAAAUUGAA